UGAAACGCUGACAAGCUCUCUGACCAAUAGAAAUGCUCGUUACAAAGUGUUUUGGAAAAGUGACACAUCGGAGGAGCAACCGGCGUAAGACUGAUCGUUGAAUAACAUUUUUGUUGUCCUUUCUGGUUUCCAUCAUGAAGUCCAGCGCAGGAGGGUUUGGGACCCAAUGGUUCCUGAAGAUGAGCACAGACAAGCAAGACACUCUUCUGAAGAUGUCCAUACUAACCAUUGCUGCCAUACUGUCCUUCUCAACGCGUCUGUUUUCUGUGCUGCGUUUUGAGAGUGUGAUUCACGAGUUUGACCCGUACUUUAACUACCGUUCUACCCGCUUCUUGACUGAGGAAGGCUUCUACAACUUCCACAACUGGUUCGAUGAUCGCGCUUGGUACCCACUGGGUCGUAUCAUCGGAGGCACCAUCUACCCUGGCUUGAUGUUGACUUCUGCUAUCCUGUACCACCUGGCCUGGUUCCUCAACAUCACCAUUGAGAUCCGUAAUGUGUGCGUGUUCCUGGCUCCCCUCUUCUCCAGCCUCACUGUGAUGGUCACCUAUCAGCUCACCAAGGAGCUCAAGGAUGCUGGUGCAGGUCUGAUAGCGGGCGCCAUGAUUGCCAUCGUCCCUGGCUACAUCUCACGUUCCGUGGCAGGCUCCUAUGAUAACGAGGGAAUUGCCAUCUUCUGUAUGCUGCUCACUUACAUGCUCUGGAUCAAGGCAGUGAAGACUGGCUCUGUGUUCUGGGCCUCUCUAUGUGCACUCGCUUACUUUUACAUGGUGUCGUCCUGGGGAGGCUAUGUGUUCCUGAUCAACCUGAUCCCACUCCACGUGCUGGCUCUCAUGCUGACCGGAAGAUUCUCUCACCGCAUAUACGUAGCCUACUCCACGGUGUACUGCCUUGGAACAAUUCUCUCCAUGCAGAUCUCGUUUGUGGGUUUCCAGCCUGUACAGUCCAGUGAACACAUGGCUGCUCUGGGAGUGUUUGGCCUGUGCCAGAUCCACACGUUUGUUGACUAUGUACGCUCCAAGCUGACAGGAGAGCAGUUCAACCUUCUCUUUAAGAGCAUUGUGCUGCUGUUUGGCUCUGUGGGAACACUGGCUGUUGCCAUAGCAACUGCACUCGGCAAAAUCUCCCCCUGGACCGGUCGUUUCUACUCUCUCCUGGACCCCUCGUAUGCCAAGAACAACAUCCCCAUCAUAGCGUCCGUCUCAGAGCACCAACCUACCACCUGGUCCUCAUUUUACUUUGACUUGCAGCUGCUUGUCUUCAUGUUCCCAGCUGGACUCUACUUCUGCUUCAAGAAGCUCACAGAUUCCAACAUCUUUAUCAUCAUGUACGGAGUGACCAGCAUCUACUUUGCCGGUGUGAUGGUGCGUCUGAUGCUGGUGCUCGCCCCAGUCAUGUGUAUCCUGUCAGCCAUCGGAGUGUCGGGCGUUCUGUCCACAUACAUGAAGAACAUUGAGGCUCCAAACAAGAAGGACAAGAAACCCAAGAGGGCUGACUUGACCUACCCACUGAAACACGAGAUAGCGACAGGUGUAGUGUUUAUGAUGACUGCGUUCCUGGUCACCUACACAUUCCACUGUACCUGGGUCACCUCAGAAGCCUACUCCAGUCCUUCCAUCGUACUCUCGGCACGGGCUGGCGACGGAGGCCGUAUCAUCUUUGAUGACUUCAGGGAGGCUUACUAUUGGUUGAGACACAACACUGCAGAGGAUGCCAAGGUGAUGUCCUGGUGGGACUAUGGCUAUCAGAUUACUGCCAUGGCCAACAGAACCAUACUGGUGGAUAACAACACCUGGAACAACACACACAUAUCACGUGUGGGGCAGGCUAUGUCGUCCACAGAAGACAAGGCCUAUGAGAUCAUGAGAGAGCUGGAUGUCAACUAUGUCCUCGUCAUCUUUGGGGGCCUUACUGGAUACUCCUCUGAUGACAUCAACAAGUUCCUGUGGAUGGUUCGUAUUGGAGGCUCCACAGACCGGGGUGCCCACAUCAAAGAACAUGAUUACUACACGCCCCAAGGAGAGUUCCGUGUGGACAAGGACGGCUCACCCAUCCUCCUCAACUGCCUCAUGUACAAGAUGUGCUACUACAGGUUCGGGCAGGUCUACACUGAGCAGAAUAAACCUACUGGUUAUGACAGAGUCCGAAAUGCUGAAAUCGGAAACAAAGAUUUUGAGCUGGACGUUUUAGAAGAGGCCUAUACAACAGAGCAUUGGCUCGUCCGUAUUUACAAAGUGAAAGAUUUAACAAACAGGGGCGUGUAGAGAAGUGGACCUCUUAUCACUGCUCAUGUAUAGCUUUAUUAUGGUAUACAUCAUUGACAUUUAUUACAUUAUUAGAAGUACUUUUGAAUGGAGGCAAAUGACAGUUAAUGGUUUUGUGAAAAGAAGUUGAAGAUCAUGUGUGAUUGUGAAUGUAUAUUUUUCAACCUGUUAAGUCUUACAGAUUAUUUAUCUAUGCACUAUACACAUUACAUGACUUUAUUAUUUUUUAUUUUCUCAGUUAAAAAGUUAGCUCAAAAACAUGGAUAUUCAUGUUGUAUACAGCAUUCUGAAUUCAUAAUUUACUUACUGAAAACCAUUACUUACAACCAGGGGUUUGUUUUACUAGUUAAUUUGGUAUAUUUUUAUAUAAUAUAACCAUCAGGUCACAACGUAAUCAAUUUAUCUUUGGAAAAUAACUUACACAUGUUGAACAGUUUUCGAUCAUUUGAACGUGGUUUUAAAUUGAGAAUAGUGUGAAAAUAAAUUUAAAAAAUUCAAA